GGUAAAGUAGUAAUUGAGAAAUGCAAAAAAUGUAGCCAUCCGGCGUAGUGAAUCCGGCAGAGUAGACACGGUGCCGGAUCCCACUCAGGACCAUAUGCUAGCAAUCACUUCCGGAAGCGAACAAGAACAGGGAACGAACACGCAGACAGCUCUUUUGCCAGUAGUUGCACCUGGUGGUCAAAAUUUCAAUUCAAAUACCGUGCAGAUACUUCCCAAGAAAGCGCCAACAAUUCCGAAACCGAAAUGGCAUGCCCCAUGGAAAUUGUGUCGUGUCAUAUCCGGUCAUUUGGGUUGGGUACGAUGCGUUGCUGUGGAGCCGGGAAACGAAUGGUUUGCCACCGGAGCUGCCGAUCGGGUCAUCAAAAUAUGGGACUUGGCUGGUGGUAAGCUGAAGCUUUCGUUAACGGGUCAUGUAAGUACCGUCCGGGGGCUUUGCGUGAGUCCUCGUCAUCCGUAUCUUUUCAGCUGUGGUGAAGAUCGCCAGGUAAAAUGUUGGGAUCUGGAGUACAAUAAAGUGAUCCGUCAUUAUCAUGGACACCUGUCGGCUGUCUAUACAAUGGCACUGCAUCCGACGAUAGAUGUCCUGGUAACGGCCGGACGGGACUCAACCGCUCGAGUUUGGGAUAUGAGAACAAAAGCAAACAUCCACACCCUUGGCGGGCAUACCAACACGGUGGCUAGUGUGGUCUGCCAGGCAGCCAAUCCGCAAGUCAUAACAGGAAGUCACGACUCAACUGUGCGUCUGUGGGACCUUGCUGCAGGGAAAAGCAUGUGUACCCUGACCAAUCACAAGAAGAGUGUUCGUAGCAUUGUGCUGCAUCCUUCUUUGUACAUGUUUGCAUCGGCAUCGCCGGACAAUAUUAAACAGUGGCGCUGUCCGGAGGGAAAUUUCAUCCAGAAUCUAAAUGGACAUAACUCCAUCGUGAAUACGAUGGCGGUCAAUCCGGAGGGAGUUUUGGUUUCCGGGGGUGACAACGGAACGAUGUUCUUCUGGGAUUGGCGCACGGGGUAUAACUUCCAGCGGUUCCAGGCAGCUGUCCAGCCGGGAUCUAUGGAUAGCGAGGCGGGAAUCUUUGCCAUGACAUUUGACAUGUCCGGAUCUAGACUUAUUACGACUGAAGCGGACAAGACUAUCAAGAUCUACAAGGAGGACGACGAGGCUUCGGAGGAAUCGCAUCCAGUCAAUUGGAGGCCUGAGAUCAUAAAGCGAAGGAAGUAUUAGGGCCGUAAAAUAAAAUAAGAAUGAAAAGAUUUUUACUCGUAAUAUACUUCUAAUGUGAAAACAA